UGAUGUCUCCAUGGAAUCAGUCUCUCCUUUAGCACUUGUAUACGUACUGCCAGAAAUAGAUUUACACAACUAAUACUCUUCCGUAUUCGGACUCUUCCGCAUUCGGGCCUAUAGAGAAAGUGUAAGAACGACAAUGUUUCAAAGAGUGACUCCAGUGGUGUAAAGUCUGUAGUAGUUAAUAGGUUUGAUUCUGGAGACAUGGGUCCGAAUCCACCUUUUGCCGAACUCACUUUUUUACCUUUUUUCAACACAUAAUUUAGUGCAGGCAUUUGUUUUCAAUGAAAUUAAGAAAGUAUUUGAAAAUGGUCUAAAAGGAGUUUAAUCACAAUUUAGGUUUAGGGUAAAUUCAGGGGUAGGUCUUUGUUAUCUCAAUAUUUUUAUAAAUAUAAUGAUUUACCUCGGUUAUUGUAGCAUAACAAUACUAAGGUGCAAAUAUGAUCUGCCAUUAUUUAUAUUACCAAUAGCAUCGAACUACUAUUUACUCUUAAUCCAAAGAAAUUCAUUUAGUGUAAAUAGCAUAUCGCUAAGAAAUGCUGCUAUUUUCACAGAAAAUACUGCUAAUUCAACCUUGUGUAAAUAGCAUCUGUCGCUAUUUUCACUAAGUGCAAAUAGUAUUGGUAUGUAUACAAAUAGACGCUUUCAUAAUACAUUCGAAACAGAAUAAGAGUGAAUCCAUUUCAGAGUUAAUAAAAAUGCUUCACUGCUGUUCUGUUCAGUGGUGUUUUCUGGGCGUUUCUCGUUACUUCCUCUCUUAGUUUCAGUGUGUGCACACAAGAAGAUCAGUUCAAUGUGUUAGUGGUUGUCAGAGAUGGGAGACCUCCAGUCAUUACGUGACUUCAUCCGCUGCUUGGAUCAACAGUCUUUACCCCGCAUCCUCCAGAUUUGCUCCGGGGUUUAUUUCCAGGGGUCAGUAUAUGAGCUUUCAGGGAGCGAAGUGUGUUUAUCUACUGGAGACCUGGUGAAGGUCAUUGGUUUAGAGCUUUUGUCUGUAUUUUGUGAGGACAUUGGCACAGAAACUUCAUAUGAGUUGUCUACGGAAUACUCAGGUCAGUUCACACUCAUCGCUGAGGACCUACCGUACUAUACAAUAGAGGAAAUUGUGGGCUUGUGCCCUGUUGGUGUUGAUGUCUGCAGCUCGUUCAGCUUUAUCAGUAAAGAUAAGCUGAAAAUAGACAAUUUCACACUACCCGCUGAAGAAGAGUUGACGCUCCUAUCAUUAGAAGUUGCUGAAGAUGGAGAAAGACAAGCACGGUGUCAUACGACUGGGCAGAACAUGGUCUCUGCAGAGAUACUCCUUCCUCUGUCCCUUAAGGGGGAGUUUUAUGAGUGUGAGAGUGACCGUGGUUACUCUCUACAGGAAAUCAUGUCAUCAGCCAGGCUAAGCACCCGUCGCUUCCGCAGUACGAUUGUCAAGCAUAUUGGAGGCCCAUUAAUCUUCAGUCCCAUUUACGAAAUUAAGGCCAUUAUGCAGAUGAGGAAGGACAUAGUCAAGUUCCCCUCCAGCCUAGAAGUGGACGUUGAGGAUGUGACAGAACAGUUCCAUGAUUUAGUCUUUAUAACUCCACUUUCCAUGGCUGAAGUUGCAAGAAAACCACUCGAGUCUUUUCCCACUGUUGUGGAGAUCCUGGAUGUCCCAGAGGGCAAACAGUUCUUUAAUACCCUCUGGUUCCAAGAACUGCAGAAAGACAGGCACCUGGUGCUACAUGGAUGGGGCCACACACCAAUGGUAUUAGCAUCAACUCGAAAGGGGAGGAAGGGAAAACAGUACUUCCUAAUCUCACAGAGAUAUGGUGGACGCAUGAGGAGGAAGGCCAGAGAAUUUGGAUCAGUUUUUGAGCUAUACUUAGCAUCCAUUCAGUCACCAGGCUUGAAGGUAAAUGUGACGCAGCAUUGUGAAGCAGUAGAGGAAGAGGGGGUACCUGCCCUCAGCGUUGGCGAGCAGCUUGAAGUUUUGAAAAUGCCAUUGCUGGAUAAACUCGAGGGUAAUUCUGAGGUGGCUCAGAAAGUUGAAAACCUAAUUUGUAAACGGACCGUGGAGAUAGAUGACGAGGAUGAUGAAGAUGAAGAUGACAGUCAAGUAAUCUCCUUGCCGCUGUUCAUGGAAGGCCACUUUGUGGAAAAGCUAUCUGACAACAAGAAGUACAAUUUAACAGAUUUAAUUAACAAGUCUUUGCCUCUUGACGUUAAAGUUGUUACUCAAGAUAAAGAGCUAGAAAAAGAUCCCUUGACAGGCUUGACAGCACUUAAGCUGGAGGAGACUUUUAUAGAGACUGUAGUGUUGACAAGCCUACCCAGUAAACCAGACAUGUGCUUUGAGUUGCCAGUACGCUGGUUACAAAUGUCUGUCUGUUUCAUGUCUGAACCUCUGCCUUGGUACACUUGUGAGUCCCCCAAACUGCGUGUAGAGACUGUCACUGAAGUAACUGAGAAUUUCUACUAUGAAUAUCACAAACUCAAAAACAAAGUUGAGGAACCACCUCCUCGUCCACCAAAGAGGAGGCCAUCAUCAUCGGAAGUGCCAAAAAUGCCUCCAAAGUCUAAAACAGCAUUUCCAAACCUAGCAAGCAAUGUUACCAAACAACUGGAUGAUCUUUCUCUGGGUCAAACAAUGAUGAAGCGACCCUCUGUUCCACCUCCCCCUGAUGAUAUUUUAACUGAAGCUCCUCUACCAUUGCCAAGGAAAAGCAUAUCGAUACCAGAGAGCAUCACUCAGCCUAACACAUAUGUGAAAAGAUCUUCUAUGCCACAAACCUUAGGGAUACCGCAGGAUGCAGUUCAUGCCCAGACCUGAUGGCAGAGUUGAGAAUGGGACAAGAGCUGAGAUGAUAGAGCUGGAUAAAGGACGUGGCAACUUGACACGAUUUUUCUACAACACUUCAAAUGCUAUUAGAUUGUUAAUGAUAAUCUUAAAUCUAUAAUUUACCUUAUUCGUAAAUGUAUUUAUUUUUUAUUCAGCCUUGUUGUGCAAGCACUGUUGAGCUUGUGCAGAGGCAGCAGCUUUUGCCAGAGGGGAACUGGAAUCCCCUGGUUGGGCAUGGGUCCUGAGUUUAUUUCUCAAUUGGAGUUUUGGGUUCCUCGCCACCGUUUGCAUAUUGUUUUGCACUAUUGCCUGGCCGGGGGGGCUGAUUUAGAAUUUAGACAUAAUUAAUAUUGCAUAUAAGAAUUUAUAGUCCGUUUAAUAUUUGACCUGUGGUUCUCUCUCCUAUGUGUGAUUCCACUGUGCGUGUUUGUUUGCGUGUGUGAUAUCUUAAUGUGUGUAAGUAUAUAUGCAUAUUGUGUGUGUGGAGCAUUUGUAUGUCUGUCUUUUGUUGUUUUCACCUUUUUCUUGUUUUUACAGGUAUAUGCCUUUAGUUGUUUUUCAUGUAUUCAAUGUGUCUCAUGUACAGCUGCUUUGUAACAAUGAAAAUUGUAAAAAGCGCUAGUUAAAUAAAGUUGAGUUGACCGGAAAAUAUUCAAAAAGCACAAUGUUAUACUCUGCUGUUAAUCUGUUAUGCCACAGCAUCAGAUUUAGUCAAAUCAGCCAAAUAGAUGAAAACAUUGGGUCUCAUUCACUAAUAAUUGCAUAGAUUUUUUGUAUUUAGACGCACAUUUGAACCUCCCCUUGUCGUCAUU